AUUCGGGAUGCUAACAUGAUGAACUGCGACUCCCGAAAGAAGACGAGCGGGUUUUAUGAAUUUAUUCCAGAAGAUGGAACAAUAGUGGAUUUAACACAACCAGGACUCUUCUCCCGUCGGCAGCUUAUUGCGGUUUUCCGACGAAGAGGUUUUGACCGCUUGUUAUCUGCAAUCCAUUCUGACACCAACUCACUCAUCAAGGCCUAUUAUGAUCACAUUAUACCUUUGCCCUGUCGAAGUCGUACCAAAGCCUCAACCUCCUCACUGGCCAAUCAAAAGGCAGACCAAACGCAACAAUCAUCUUUACUAACUAGCCGUAAAUUGGAAGUUGAACAUCAAGUUGCUUCGGUGGCCAUGCAAAGACUAGAACGAGAAUCAGACUCCCAAUCUGCCGCUUAUAACAGGGGUGAACGUCAGCAGACUGACCUCGACAAAUUGGUCAUCAUUAGUAAUCCCAACUGGCCUACUAGUGGUGUAACACCGGGUUCACAAAAGUCAACCACUAUCCAGAAGGUGGAAUCAAAGAGUGGUCAACACGGGAAAAGGUCCAUCACUUCGCUCUCGUCUGUCUCAUCUCCUUCCCCCCUGAAAAGACCCAAAAUCAAUCGGAAUUUCACUAAUCUUGAGCCCCUUAGCUGUAAUGGGAAACAGUCAACCUGA